GGAUCCAUGGAAGGAUCCAUGUAGGGAUGGAAGGAUCCAUGUGUCAAUGAAUCCAUGGGCGGCUCCACGGAGGGACGGACGGAUCCCUACCGAGCUGCGAACUUCCCCCAAACCCUUCCCGUUCCCCGCAGUCCCCUUCAGCCUGGACCCCAACUCGGCCGCGGGCUGGCUCUCCGUCUCCGAGGACCUCUCCAGCGUCUCCCAGUGCGGCUACAAAGCCUCCGUGGAGAACCCGGAGCGCUUCACCUCCGCGCCCUGCGUCCUGGGCUCCCGCGGCUUCUCCGAAGGCUUCCACACCUGGGAGGUGGACCUGGGCGGCCUCACCAACUGGCGGGUGGGCGUCUCGCGGCCCCACAGGGGCUCCCACUGGAGUUACCACCACGACGCCCGCUCGGGUUUCUGGUACAUCUACCACCUGCAGGGCAAGGACGAGUGCCGGGCGUCCAACGCCGUGCGCUCGCAGACGGCGCCGGGCAACAUCCGGCGCGUCCGCGUGGAGCUGGACUGCACCGAGGGCGAGCUCUCCUUCUACGACGCCGACCUGCAGAGCCACAUCUACACCUUCCACGAGAAGUUCGGCUGCGCCGUCUUCCCCUAUUUCUACGUGGGCAACACCCAGGGCGAUUCCAACGCCAAGACGCUCCGGAUCUGCCCGCUCCGGGUCCGCGUCCUUGAGGAUGUCCCGACCUAGAAUGUCUCCUUGCCUCCUGGUGGGGUUCUCCAGGUGCUUUUCCAGGAGAAACAAAAAGAGGGAAGGGAUAAAAAUGUUUGUGUUAUCAAACAAGCAGGGAUAAAAAUGUUUGUGUUAUCUCAGGUUUUUAUCGUUAUUAAAUAUUAAUAAACAUGAGGAAUAUUAUU